GCUCUAUGAGAUAAGAGCUGCCGACAUGAUAUAAGAGGCAACAGGAUGUUGUAAUUCGGCGAUUCGGUUCACCAGAUCAGCGGCACACAUGUUGAUCGAUCACAAAACCGUUGCUUGCUUUCUUCGUUCGAAAAGACCGCCAUGUCCGCCGCAAAGACGUCACUCGACGUAAAGAGCACCCCGGACAAUGACGUCGAACCCUACUCCGCGGAGCCUUCCGCCGCCGACCUCUCCGUGGAUCCGGCAGCUGAGAAACGGCUGCUCCGGAAACUCGACCUGUUCCUCGCGCCGAUGAUGGUGCUGUUCUUUCUAGUCGCAUACCUUGACCGCAGCAAUAUCGGAAAUGCCGCCAUCGCCGGCAUGACCGACGACCUGGACCUCAUCGGCAACCGGCUCAAUGUAGCCGUGACCGUCUUCUACGUCACGUACAUCGCUUUCGAGAUCCCGGCAUCUCUGGUGCUCAAAAAGGCCCGACCGAGUCGUCUGAUCCCAUUCUUCAUCGUUUCCUGGUCCGCCAUCAUCAUCGGUAGCGCCUUCAUAACCAACUAUGCGGGCCUGUUGGCCACUCGACUGCUUCUCGGUGCAUUUGAGAGUGGAUUGUUCCCCUGUUUGACUCUUUACUUGUCGACGUUCUACAAGAAAGAGGAACAGGCGAAGCGGAUUUCAUACCUUUUCGUCGCGGCGGCACUUUCAGGAGCGUUUGGUGGGCUGCUCGCAUAUGGACUAACAUCACUCCAUGGGGCUCGAGGACUGGCGGGGUGGAGGUGGUUGUUCCUCGUCGAAGGCAUAAUCAGCAUGGCCGUCGGUCUCACCGCCCUCUUCAUGCUGCCUGACUCCUUCGAAACAGCCUGGUGGCUCAACUCCCAGGACAAAUCCCUCCUCCGCCUCCGCAACGCCCAAACCGCCCUGCAAACCGGCGGCCCAGAAUCCGAAACGGUGUUCUUCGACAAGGCCGAGGUGAAACUCGCCUUCGCCGAUCCCAAAGUAUGGCUAUCGGCCGCGUGCCAGUUCUGUGCAAACACGUGUUCCUUCGGAUUUGGUACUUUUCUGCCCGUUAUCAUCAAGGGCUUCGGGUUCAGCAGCUUAACGACCCAAUUACUAACCGUGCCCGUCUACAUCUGGGCUAGCAUGGUGUACAUCUUCGUCUCCUUCCUCGCGGACCGCUUUAACCGACGAGCCGUGUUCAUGGUCCCCAUGGCGCUGGUCACCGCAGUAGGAUACGCGCUCAUGCUGGGAGUCAACAUGGAAUCGACCGCAGUGCUAUACUUCGCCACAUUCGUCACAGCGACGGGGAUCUACUGCGUAGUCGGUCUGAACGUGACGUGGGUGUCUAACUCGAAUGCCGGGUACUUCAAGAGGGCUACCGCGAUUGGGGUGCAGCAGACGGUGGGGAAUAGCGCGGGGAUUAUGGCGGGCCAAAUCUAUAGGAUUACGGCCAAGGAUGGGAGGUAUACGAUUGGACAUGCGGUGUCGUUGGCCGCUAUCAUGGUGGCGGCUUGUGGGUACUGUGUUAUGUUCAGUACGUUGAGGGGGAUUAAUCAGAGGAAGGAUGGGAUGAGUGUUGAGGAUAGGGUGAAGGAGAUCGAGGCGGGGAAGAAGGGGGAUAGGCACCCGGAUUUUAGGUAUGUGUUGUAGUGGAUGGACAGUCGC